AUGGACCAAAGCCCUGGUGCUGCAGAAACAAAGAAGGCGGAAUCUUCAGCCGAACGUCCUACCUCUAGCAAGAUUCCUGCCCCUGAGGCUGCCAAAGAGCAGAAGAAAUGCAAGAAGCAUGUUGGACCUUCGACCAAGGCAAAGCCAAAGCAUGGCAGCAAGAAGAAAGAGAUCGUUGAGACCGAAGACGAUUCCACAGAGUCAGAUUCCUCCUCGGAUGUCUCGACGGAUAGUGACGACUCGAGCGAUUCAGACAGCGACUCUUCCUCCGUUCUCGAAGUCUCCAAGAAGAAAUUGAAAGUUAAGAAACUGAAGGCCCAGGCGAAAGCACUCGCCAAGGAGCUGAAGAAGCAAAAGAAGAGAUCCAAGAAGAAGGUAACAACUGAAGAGGAUGACUCAUACAGCGAGGAUGACUUUGAAGAGGAAGUCAUUAGACCCCGGUCGAGAGUGCGAGUUAAGUCGUCCAAGAGGGUAUCUAGGAGACAUGACAGCCCUGAUCCAGAUGAACGUGACGUGAUCGAGAUCCGUGAAGAUCCCAAAUCUACAAGACUGCGCCAUCUGAAAUCCUCACUGCGAAAGCUUGACUUUGACAAUAAUACCCUCCCUCCUCCGUCUGCCGUCUUGGGGCUGCCGAGGACGCAAAUCAAUCCGGAGCCGGUGAUUCCCAUCACCAACUAUGACAAUCCUCGAAGAAGCCGUCGUAGAGACGCGGUCCUUGACGAUGGGGUUCUGCUCGACGACUUCGAGGAAGUCAAGCCCAAGAAGCAGAAGAAGCCGAAACGUGCCUCUAAAGUGGCCUACAAGCGAGUCGACCAACUUUGGGACCAGUCCAUACACAACUUCAAACUCACUGAAACCGUCAAAAAUACCGGCGAAGCCAUUUGGGACCAGUAUAUCUUUACAGUCCGUCGCCGGUUUGACUGGGAGCACAAGUAUUUGGCUACGAUCGUGGACAUCAAAUCCGAACCUCUCAAGGAGUGCCUUCAACAUGUUAUGGCGGGCGUUAAGGGCAUCAGUCUGUUUGAAGACACACCUCAUCUGGAUCCAAACAUGCUCUUCCUGUAUCUGGAAGAGAUGAGGGACUAUGCCAAGGCCCUCGAGGACGACGCUCGAGGGAAGAAGCGCAAGGAGGCAAAGGUUUUGAAGACCAAAGCCAAACACCUCCGAGUGAUGGUUAAAUACCUAGACAAGGAUUUUGCCGAGACGAAGAAGAAUCUCUAUCCAAUGCUGGAAACCGGCAUGAUCACCUUUGACCUCCUUUGGGCUCUGUACAAGCCAAACGCCAUUGUGUACUCGUCCACCUACGGAGAUCAGGACGAACCUCGGGCUUUCAAGAUUGACUUCACAACCAAAGAAUCGCACUUCAUGAGGGGCAGUUGGUACAUUAUCGAAGGCCGAUAUCUCGAGUACGAUGGCAAGAAUUUUGGAAUGGGCACCACGCACUCGGAAAUAUCCUCAUUCCAGGGAGUGCGUAAGAUCACCUCUCUAGACUGCUAUCCGCUCCAGUAUCACAAACAUGCCGACAAGAUGAGAUCUCAGCUGAUUGACCGAGGAAAGAUCUUCGUGUCCCUCCAAGGCAUGAAUUACCGCCAUCACAAGGGCAUGGCAUACACCAAACGCAAGAAGCAAGUCUUGAAGAUCAACAUUGACGGGCGUGUCAUGGUUGAUCCUUCCAUCCAUCGGCGAAUCAAUCCCAACUAUCCUGCCAGCGUCAUCAAGCCAAAGGAUGAUCCAGAUGGCGUCAUCCUUGACGACACGGAUGACGAGUGCGGAUGCGGCUUUGAUAGCGGCUCCGACGUCGGUGGCAACAAUCAGACCACUCCUUCUGACGAAACCAUCCAGGUUCAAGAGACGAAGAAGUACAAAGUGGUCAAGACGCCAGAAGGACAAAAUGCCGUUGUGGAGGUCAACUCGAAGGAGGACAUCGAUUGGAGCCAGAAUGCCGAACCGAUCGGUGACGACAAGCUGUCACCCCAUGAAUUCACCGAGGAAGAGCUGCUCAUUGCCAGCCCUGUCGUCUUAGGCUUCGCCUUUGGUGAAAAACUUUGGCUUGAGUUCACCGUCUCCGGAAUCUCCGAUGUUGUAUUCAACGACCAAGCAUUUGAAAGUCUCGUCCUUCCUGACAACCACAAGUCCAUCGUCAAGGCUCUCGUCUCGAGCCAUGCCUUUCAAGCCCACAAAAGCAUAGACGAUAUCAUCUCUGGCAAAGGCCGUGGCUUGGUGGCGGUUCUCCAUGGGCCACCAGGCACCGGCAAGACGCUUACCGCUGAAGGGAUCGCAGAUCUUCUCAAGUGUCCGUUGUACAUGGUCAGCGCUGGCGAUCUAGGCACUGAACCAACCAAGCUGGAGAAGGAACUUCAGAAUAUCCUGGACAUCGCCCACAGCUGGGGUGCGAUCCUGUUGCUCGACGAAGCCGAUGUUUUUUUGGAACAACGUUCAAUCCACGAUAUCCAUCGUAACGCUCUUGUCAGCAUCUUCCUUCGCCUUCUCGAAUACUUCCAAGGCAUUCUUUUCUUGACCACGAAUAGAGUGGAAACCUUCGACGCCGCCUUUGUGUCACGUAUCCACCUGUCGUUGCGCUUCCAGAACCUCACUACCAAGGCCAAGCGCACGGUGUGGAAACUCUUUCUUGACCGCGUCAAAAACCAAGAAGGGAUGCAAGUUGCGGCUAUCACAGAGCAAGACUACAACGACCUCGCACGCCGCGAGGUCAAUGGGAGACAGAUCAAGAACCUCGUGCGUGCUGCACAAGCUCUGGCUGUCCAUGAAGAAGUGCCUUUGAGUAUGGUACACAUCAAGCGUGUGAUUGAUGUGGCAGAGAGCUUUGAGAUGGACCUUAAGGGUGGUACCGGAUACACGGAUGCCAUGAGAAGUGAGUUCUAUUUGUGA